AUGCUUUUCCAUCGUUUACACGCCGUGCCAACACUCUCGGGAAAGGCCGGAAAGCGAAGCUUUUCGUUGCUAUCGACACACGAUAGUCUUCCUACCACCUUGUACCGGUUUCAGUUCGGGCGCGAUGCAGCGCAAUUUGACGAAAAUCAACAACCACCUGGUUGGUCAAAAGAUGCCGUGAGGGUAUCCAAGGAUGGCCUGGUUCAUUCCCAAAUUUCAAAAUCGAGUCCUUACUCCAAUGGUCCAGUGUUCAUGCCUAACACCCGCACAAUGCAGCAAAUGCUCAGAUUUGAUUUUGAGCGCUAUGAAGAAGAUGUGGAAGAUGGGAAAUCUGUCAUUUGUCCCCUAAUUCUGCGUAUCAAUCGAGGUACCAUUAUUCCGCCCUCUCUAACGCUUUGGCGUGAAGGAACCACUCGCUUUUCCCUUCAACCUAAGAGUCCUCUCCGAUUAGAAGAAUUCAACAAAGAACUAGACAAUUUCUACGGACAAUCUGCAACCUUCCUUGAGGUCAAACAGUGGAUUGAAAAUCAUCCGUAUAAAGAAUCCGCCCCAGAUGCCGAAGAAAAGACAUGGAUGCAUUUGUGA